AUGCAUACUCCUCAGAUUAUACAGCAGACUCUCAAGAGGACACUACAGUAUUAUGAGCAUCAAGUUAUUGGUUACAGGGAUGCAGAAAAGAAUUUCUACAAUCUCUCUAACAGAUGCUCCUAUGCAGACCAUUCCAGCAAAGAGGAAAUUGAAGAUGUCUCAGGAAUUCUUCAGUGUACUGCUAACAUGCUUGGUUUGAAGUUUGAGGAAAUGCAAGAAAAGUUUGGGGAGGAAUUCUUCAAUAUCUGCUUUGAUGAGAAUGAGAGAGUCCUUCGGGCGGUAGGCGGCACCUUGCAGGAUUUCUUUAAUGGCUUCGAUGCUUUGCUGGAACAUAUUAGAACUUCAUUUGGACGACAGGCCACUCUGGAAUCUCCAUCUUUCCUAUGCAAAGAGCUUCCUGAAGGUACUCUCAUGCUCCAUUACUUUCAUCCUCACCACACUGUGGGAUUUGCAAUGCCUGGAAUGAUAAAGGCUGCAGGAAAGAAGAUCUAUAGGCUGGAUUUGGAGGUAGAACAAGUGACCAAUGAGAAACUGUGCUUGGAUGGGUCAAACCCUGGGAACUGCAGCUGCCUCACAUUUGUCAUUAAGGAAUGUGAAAAUACAAACAUCACAAAAAACCUUCCACCUGGAACAUCCCAAACUCCUGCUGACCUCCGAAUCAGCAUCAACACGUUCUGUAGAGCUUUCCCCUUCCACCUGAUGUUCGAUGCCAGCAUGCUGGUUCUGCAGCUAGGGGAAGGGCUUAGGAAGCAGCUCCGAUGUGAUGCUCACAAGGCUCUGAAGUUUGAGGACUGCUUUGACAUAGUUUCCCCAAAGAUCAAUGCCACCUUCGAAAGGGUCCUGCUGAGGUUGUCCACUCCAUUUUUGAUUCGUACCAAACCAGAGGCUUCUGGUUCUGAAAAUAAAGACAAGGUGAUGGAAGUCAAAGGACAAAUGAUUCAUGUUCCAGAAUCAAAUUCUAUUUUGUUUUUGGGCUCUCCAUGUGUGGACAAGUUGGAUGAACUUAUGGGCCGUGGCCUGCAUCUCUCAGAUAUCCCCAUCCAUGAUGCAACUCGUGAUGUGAUUUUGGUUGGGGAGCAGGCCAAAGCCCAGGAUGGACUAAAGAAGCGGAUGGAUAAGCUAAAGGCAACAUUAGAAAGAACUCACCAGGCUCUGGAGGAGGAGAAAAAGAAGACCGUGGACCUCCUGUUUUCCAUUUUCCCUGGAGAUGUAGCCCGGCAGUUAUGGCAAGGACAGCAAGUACAGGCCAGGAAGUUUGAUGAUGUCACCAUGCUCUUCUCCGACAUAGUGGGUUUCACAGCUAUCUGUGCUCAGUGCACCCCAAUGCAAGUAAUUAGCAUGUUGAAUGAGUUAUAUACCAGAUUUGAUCACCAGUGUGGAUUUCUGGACAUUUACAAGGUGGAAACAAUAGGCGAUGCAUACUGUGUUGCAGCAGGACUGCACAGGAAGAGCCUUUGCCAUGCGAAGCCCAUUGCCUUGAUGGCCUUGAAGAUGAUGGAACUUUCAGAGGAGGUGUUGACACCUGAUGGAAGACCAAUUCAGAUGAGGAUAGGGAUUCACUCAGGGUCUGUCCUGGCUGGAGUUGUUGGUGUAAGAAUGCCAAGAUAUUGCCUCUUUGGAAACAACGUCACCCUUGCCAGCAAGUUUGAAUCGGGCAGCCAUCCACGACGCAUCAAUGUCAGCCCAACAACUUACCAGUUAUUGAAGAGAGAAGACAGUUUUACUUUCAUUCCUCGGUCCCGUGAAGAGCUUCCAGACAACUUUCCAAAGGAAAUUCCUGGGAUCUGUUACUUCCUGGAGCUCACAACUGGUCCCAAGCAGCCAAAGCCCUCAAUCUCGUCAACUCGAAUGAAGAAGGUUUCCUACAACAUUGGCACCAUGUUCCUUCGAGAGACAAGCCUAUGAGACCUGCUGCAGAUCAAAGACUCAUCACAAAAGCACAAGCCCAGAACCUGGGUCUGGACAGAAAAGUGAAGAGGGACCCUUUCUCCUUCACUGCAUAAUCCUGGGCAAGCAGUACAAUCUCUGUGUAAUGUCAUGCAAUAAUACUAGAAUAAGGUGGGUGAUGGCUGUCGGUAAACAAACUGGAAGGGAAGACAAUUAGGGGAAUCAAAUGCAUCCAUACUCAAAAGAGGUACUUUUAGCCACUUAACAAAA